AUGGCCUCGAGACAAAAACCACAACCACAGCUACAAGUCCCAGCCCCUAAGUUCCCUCUCUCAUCACCUAUCAGUGAGGAAAUCUCCAGUCCGUCGUGUUCAUCGGCAGAGGAGCGCGAGUUGGAGCGAAGCAGACCAUUUGAUUUCCUGGUCAAGGCAACGCGACAGAAACUCGAGACGAGAUCUGGAAGUGGAAGAGACGGACCUAGAUCGCCUAAUAUCUCGCAUCGGGAUCGUGAUAUACCGGAGACCCAGAGGACUCCGAGACUGAGCAUUCGGGGCAUCACAAAGAAGAAGAAGAACGCGGCCAAGCCAGUUGGACUCAACCUGGUCACGGACUUUACACUAGGAAAUCCGCCAAAGCCCGAAAGGGAAUCGGAUGAGAACGCACUUGCGCCGUUUGUAGAUUUGAAUGAUCUGAAACAACUGUCAAAAGCACGAGAGAAGGAGCGCGUCACGCAGAAGUCAAAAGUUGUCGAGAGGAAGAACUUCAAUACCGCAUCGGUUGCUUCAAGAGGCUUUCAAUCGUCCGCGGAGACGAUAGAAUCAAGCGGCAACCCGUUUCUGGAUCCGAGUCUCGAUAACUCCUUUGUCGACAGACAUUACCAUGGCCUCUCCCCUUCAGACCGCCAUGUUAUGAUCGGCCUGGCAGUACCACACCAUGAAUCCUCGGAACGGAACAGGGAGCUCGAUAGCGCAGGCGAUCAACAUACUCCACUUACACCAUCCAUCAUCGUUACCCCAGCCCGCGAAGAUGCACCAUGGUCUACAUCCAGUCCUGAGGUGCUACGACCCCGAGCGACAUCCAGUGUUUACUCCCAACCAACACCUCGUUUAUGGUCAAACGAGGCUGAUGUCCCACCAGUGCCUGCAAUCCCAGCUGAGCACUCAACCUCCAGGAGGUCUAAAUUUGGUUCUAUCUUCCUGAACGCACAUGCCAUCGCCGUAGGCCGAGAACAAAAGCGUCAAUCUGUGUCAGCGGAUACUAUUAUCGAAGAUGACAGCCCUGCACAGGGAGACUCCCACUCCCGCACGAUAGAAGACAACGAUCAAGCACCGUUGACAGAGCAGACGCUAACUGUCAACACGGAAACAAGGCCACAGUCCCAAGGAUGGUGGACUUACCUCCUCUCACCACUCCUCGGCAAAAAAUCACCAUUGAGCCCGAAUUUUCCCCGCCAAAGCCCUUCAGCUUCAUCUCCGGCAAACACAAAAAAGCCUAAGGAAUGGUGGGAGAAAGAAGUCUCAUGCUUCUCCCCAGAAACACCAGAUACGACAAUGACAGAGUGGUGGAACGAUGAUAAAGAUCAAGAUCUUAAAAGCCCAGAUGGCAUUGAACAGUCUCGCUCGCUUGACAUUAAAGACGAUGCAACUAUUUCAAACCCCAAACGAAAAACCACGCAUUCAUUCAUGCUCGGUGGUCGCUCUAUCCAGGGUGAAGCGGCUGAGUACUAUCAAGCCUGUGCACAUGAAUUAUUCAGCAAAACGCCCUACUUCGAAUGCUAUAAUCACAUCUGUUCAAUUACACCCCCUCAUGUAAUUGCAAGUCGACAAGCUGCUGAUGGCGCCGAGGCAGGAGAAAUGAGAGACCGAGGGUUAAUUCUUGCUGAAGCCGGUAUUGGCGUUCCAAAAUCCCAGGAAACGAGUAAUGAGACGGCUACAUCUCGUGGUUUACUUAUUGAUGUGGACUCGCCGAACCCUGAGGCCUUGAAGGAGACCGGUCAUAAUAGAAAUGCGCCUUCACCAACAGCGACUUCUGGUUCUGAGAGCUGGCGUUCUUCGUUUCCGGAUGACCAUGAGAAAAGUUUGCCUGAGCCGCCGAAGGAAGUAUCUAAGGGAGUGCCCGAAGUGUCUAGGGAGGUUCUUCCUGAGCCUCAGCGUGCGCCUGCCCCGACACCGAUUUUUCAAGAACCAAAAGCUCCUUCACCUCCCCCGCUGCUAGAGAUGUCCAGGGAGCCAACGCCUGCUCCGGCCCCAGUUCCUGUGCCAGAGUCUGCUCCUGCUCCUGCCCCUCCGCAGAUCAUCAACCAUUAUCAUUAUCCACCGGUGUCGGCAGCAGUUCAGCCGCAGACUGUUACGGUGGAACGAGCGAUACCUCACUAUAAUCCGGUUUUUCCUCCUUACAAUGGCAUGUCAGAGCAGCCGCCCCCACCGCGAUCUAUGCCUACGCCCAUGCCCAUUUCCGAGGAACCUGUACCUGAAGUACCCAGGGAAUCAUCUGCUCCACAUCACCAGUUGAGUUCAUCAAAAUGGCCUUGGCAACAAGGAGGUGCUCAACAACCGCCCCAGGAGCCAAUUCAUGGGCCAACCCAUGAGCCCGAAGGCCAAGCACGCGGGAUGCUAACUCAAGAACCUACGCCUAUUUCCCCAGCAUUUCAACGCGCUGCAGGAGGACCUGGCGCAAUUCCAAUGUCUGAUGUAAAUGCUCCCGCGCCAGCUUACUCGCAAUACCCUCGAGAGGCUCCUCUUCCACCGCGAUAUGACCUGCACCCCGCUCCAGGAGCAGGCGUCAUGAAUCCUACUGGUCUGCCAGGUCCGGGAGAGGCACAACGUCGCAGGCUUGAGCGUGAAGAUACUGCAGGCAAAAAAUUCGGGGGCCUAUGGCGUGGACGAGGAUGCUUUAGUAACAAAGGUUGCUUUGGACGUCCAGGGCGUGAAGGUCGACUUCGACGGAGAUGGUAUUUCGCCUUAUGCUCUAUCUUUCUGAUCAUUGUGGUUCUCGCAAUUGUGCUUGCCCUCACUUUGACACACAAGGGAGAUAGCACACCUGUUCAAUCCACCUGGCUCAAUCUAACAGGCUAUCCACCCAUGCCCACGGGCAUUGCGACAAUCGCUGGUACAGAAACACAAACUGCAAAGUCAACUUGCAUCAGCCCUUCUACGCUCUGGAGCUGUGACCUUCCGCCGGCCCAAGAGUCUGCGAACACGCCUUAUGCGGCAGAUAACCCUAGCUUCCGCGUCGAAAUCCGUUUCCGCAAUGGAACAUACACCAAUAGCACCGAUACUGUCACCUCAACAUCGACACGUAAGCUCCGAAGAGAUAGUGGCCUUUAUACAUCCGAACCAGCUGCCCCAAGCCUCGCAGAUCAGGCCUUCAUCGGCAACACCACAGACGGCAACUCGGUUCCCUAUGCCGGCGAAGCCACACCAUUCUACAUGACACUUCUCUCACCCAUUCAUCUUUCCACUAAAAGCCUCUUCCGCCGCUCAAGUACCACCACCUCAACCAACCUAUCAACAAUCAUUCCUGCUCCCGACGAAGAUUCCGAUGGCGCCGCCGCCGCUGCGGUCCUCUACCCCCUCCCCGAAUCCCAACCCAUCCGCCUCUACAACCGCGGCCAAUCAGACGAGCACUACGGUUUCUACACUUACUACGACAAAUCGAUCUUUCUCGCCUCCCGCGCCUCUCUUAACGGAAGUUUAACCGACACCGACCCGUCUGAUCAAAGCGAUGGCGUUAGCAGAUCCUCCGCAAAAGCCCGAUGUACCUGGUCUCAGACCCGCUUCCUCGUUCAAAUCUGGACGCAGCCUGGUAAAAUGGGCUAUGAUCUCCUCUCCCCAUCAAACGGGACAAGUACCUCAUCUUCUGCCACGCCGACAUCCACUUCUUCCACAGCGACAUCUUCUUCUUCAGCGACGGAUUAUACCAGACCUGGAUCAUUCCCGUACCCCGUCACUAUUACAGUAGAUCGACACGGUGGCGAUGCAGAUACGAAACUGGUCUAUUGCUACGCAAUCGAAGAGAACGGGCAUUACAAUGUCUCGGACUCGAAGUUGCAGGCUGAAUAUCGGGGUAUUGGGGGCACUUGGACUAAUCCAGCGAAUGGGAAUGAUGUUAGUGGGAAUUCUACGUAUGGGGGCAUUGAUGGGGGAACUGGGGGUUGUGAGUGUCAGUGGGUGAAUUGGAUAUCUACCUCUUGA